AUGAGUGAAUAUAAAUGGGGUUGUUGCCCCUAUGGUAACGAUAACGAUAAGAUGAGCUUUAUUAGAUGUAGUGGAUGUAACCAGAACUACCAUUUCGCAUGUAUUGCUGAAGAUGAAAGCUCUUUUUCAUCUAAAUCCGCAUCGCUGUGGAAAUGUUUAAUGUGCAAACCGCAUAAAAAUCCCACUAAAAAUGAUGAUACUCCUGUGCGAAGUGUAACAACUUCAAGAGGAAGUAAGAGACCAGCGUUCAAUUCACCUGAGAUUACAGAACCUGAUACUGAUGCAACAGCGGUUACCAAAAAAGAUGUGCAUGUUAUUAUAAAGGAUGCACUUAGUUCUGAAUUUGACAGAUUGGUGGAGAAGUUCAGUGACAUGGUUUCUCAAAGUUUGGAUAGGAAGCUGAAACCCCUGGAGACUGAAAUGAACAAAAUGCGAGAUUCAAUGGAUUUUUUAAGCUGCAAAUAUGAUGAACUUCUGAGAGAGCAUGUCACUGUGAAGGAGGCUGUGAAGGUCGUUCAGGAUGACAACAAUAUGUUGAAAGUUACCGUAAAUGACCUAAAGUUGAAAGUAGAACAACUCGAACAACAGGCACGUUCUAACAAUAUUGAAAUUCAGUGUGUGCCGGAGAGUAAGCAGGAAAACUUAUUGGAUAUUGUUAUGAAUUUGAGUAAGGUGGUAGAUUGCAGUUUGAAUCAGUCAGAUAUAAUGAACUGUACAAGAAUAGCCAAGCUUAAACAAGACAGUCCCCGUCCGAGAUCCAUUGUGGUACAGCUUGCCUCGCCUAGAUUGCGUGACAAGUUUAUAGCGUCUGUGGCAAAAUUCAACAAAGCCAACUUUAAUGAUAAACUAAAUAGCUCUCAUUUGGGUCUUUCCGGUAAUAAGGUAGCGAUUUUCGUCUGCGAACACCUGUCACCUACCAAUAAAGCCCUGCAUGCUACUGUUAGACAAAAGGCUAAAGAAGCUGGUUAUAAAUUUGUUUGGAUAAGAAGUGGCAAAAUCUUCGUCAGAAAAGACGUUGGUUCAAAUUACAUUUUAAUCAGGAAUAAGGAUUCCUUGUCGAGAAUAGCUUAA